UUGCAGAGUCGCCGCGAGCGCAAUACCGUCAAGAUGCCUCAGAACGAGUACAUGGAACGCUGGCGCAAGCAGCAUGGACGCAGACUCGAUCACGAGGAGAGGGCCCGCAAGAAGGAGGCUCGUGAGGGACACAAGGCCUCCAAGGAUGCCCAGAACCUGCGUGGUCUGCGCGCCAAGAUGCACGCCGAGUCCCGCCGCAAGGAGAAGAUCCAGAUGCGCAAGCAGCUCAAGGCUCACGAGGAGCGCAAUGUCAAGACGAACAACGAGAAGGAGCCCAGCGAGCCCAUGCCCGCCUACCUGCUCGACCGCAAUAACCCGGACAUGGCCAAGGCCAUUUCUUCGCAGAUCAAGAACAAGAGAGCUGAGAAGUCCGCGAGGUUCGCCGUUCCCCUACCCAAAGUUAGGGGUAUCAGUGAGGAGGAGAUGUUCAAGGUUAUCGGUACCGGAAAGAAGACGCACCAGAAGACCUGGAAGAGAAUGAUCACGAAGCCUACGUUUGUGGGACAGAACUUCACUCGUGCCAAUCCCAAGGCCGAGCGUUUCAUUAGGCCUAUGGGUCUUCGUUACAAGUACACUCACUGCUGCCAUCCAAAACUGGGCGUCACGGUCAAGCUUCCUAUAAUAGGUGUGGCUAAGAACCCGAACUCACCGCUCUAUUCUAGCCUCGGAGUGCUCACGAAGGGUACCAUCAUCGAGGUCAAUAUCUCUGAGAUGGGCCUGACGACAGCGUCCGGGAAGGUGGCUUGGGCAAAAUACAGUCAGAUAACGAACGACCCGGAGAAUGACGGCUGCGUGAACUCUGUCAUGCUUAUUUAG